AUGCUGGAGAAUGAAUGUUAUUUGUUGCUCGCAACUCAGUGCACAGCAAUUGCUACUUAUCCGUGUACUAACGAUGUGAUUAGCCACAUUGAUCGGGUCGUUGCGGUUCCUGUUGAGAAAGAAGGAUCACCUGCUAAGCUGGAUGCUCCUUCUUCAAAACUGGAAAAAAUAAAAAAUUCGCAAAAAAAGGUGAUACAGUAUGUUACGGGUAAAGGAAACACGAUACGGUUAAUCGACGAGAUUUUACGCCUUUUCAAUGAUUCCGGCGAUUUUUACAUAUGCUUUAACCGGGAUAUCACGCUAAAUACACAAAAGAACUUCUCAACAAAACAGACGAACAAAUGCUUCUUUUGGAAUCGUGCAAUGCUUGCAGAUCUCUACGAUGACAACGGAUUCCCACUACCUGGUACCGAUGACUGGAUUGUACCAAUAUGCCAAGGAUUUGUUGUGGAGAAGAAAGUAUCGCUUGAAGCUGAGACCGAAUUAAAAAUCACAUUGAUUUCGCGGCGUUCCGUGAAUCGAGCCGGUGUGCGAUAUUUGAAACGCGGUGUCGAUGAGGAUGGGAAUGUAGCAAAUUUUGUUGAAACUGAAGUAGCACUUACUGUUUUUGGCCAUUGCUUAUCGUUCGUGCAGAUUCGAGGAUCAGUUCCAGUAUUCUGGAUGCAACAGGGUUAUCGUUAUCGUCCACCACUAGUUAUUAGCAAGACAUUUGCCGAAUCAUUACCUGCUUUUUCGAAUCAUAUCCAAAAAAUGACAGAAUGUUAUGGUGCCCCAUUAACGAUGGUGAAUUUAGUGGAACAGAGUGGAAGGGAAGCGCAGCUUGCCGUAAGCUUUUUACAACACAUUCUUCAUCUAAAUUCGGUGGAUGUCGCCUAUUUCACAUUCGAUUUUCAUUUUCGCUGCCGUGGACUUCGAUUUCAUAAGGUUGCCGAUUUAAUUUCAGCAUUAUCGGAGCAGAUUACAAUGACCGGAUUUUGUUGGGUUGACAAAUCGGGUGAAAUGGUGCGCGAACAGCAUGGUGUAAUUCGUACGAAUUGUGUGGAUUGCCUCGAUCGAACCAAUGUUGUGCAGGUAAUUUGUUAG